AUGUUGGAUGCACAACAAAAAGAUUAAAUAUAAUAGUUAAUGGACAUUACUAAUCGUUCAAAAGUAUUGAUUGUUUCAAUCUUAAUGUACUUUAAUUGGGAUCAGGAAAAAUCAAUGGAUUUUAUUUUGAAUGCUGGUGAAUUUUUAAGUGAAGAUUUGAUACCUGAGAGUAGAAGACAAGCAGCUGAAACAUUAUUGAGGUAAGAAGAAUAAGAAUAAAGAAAAUUGAAUUAAUUAUAGAGUAAUAAUUAGGGUAAUUUUUUAAAAUAAAAGAGUGAAAUAUCGUAAUCAUAAAUUAACAAUUUCUAUAAUAUUCAAACAACAAAUGAUGGAAUUGAUAAACCUGAUUGGAUAUAAACAAAAAAUAAAAGAAUAAAUUAAAUAAAAGAGUAUAUACAAUAAUUAGAGAAUUAAGAGUGGGAAAAUAUGUAAAUAAUAAAAGAAAGAUUAUAAUUUAUAUAUAAUAGUUAAAAUAAAUAAUAAAAUGAUUAAAUAUAGGUACGAAUGCAUAAAUGUUUAAUUGGAAUGAAUAAUAAUGAAGUGACUGGAUUUUUUAAUUGCAUUUAUUAAUUGUUUUUCUAAAAUCCAGAAUUAGUAGAAUCAAUCCUGAGUUUAUCAAAUCUUAUUAAUAAGGAAGAUUAGAAUGUAAUAUCUUGAUCUCAUUUAGAGUUAAUAUUUGAAUGAAUUGUAAUUUUUAUUUGGAUCAUUCAUUCUUUCAAAUAACAGUUUUGUUAAAGAUUCUAACAUUUAUUAAAUAGCAAACAGAUUCAAUAAAAUGAUAAUAGGAGAUGAUUAAAUAAAUUUUGCUUAACAAUAUGAAACUCAUAUUGAUAUUAUUACUAAAUGUUUUUAGGAAAUCUGUAAAUAAAAUUAAGUUUCAAUAUUUGAAUAGACAUUUUAAUCAUUUAUAAAUUCAAAAAAAAGUGGAUAAAAAUCAUUAUCUUUAAAAUUAGAAUAAGAAGAUAGAUCAUUACAUUUAUCUUUAUUAAAAUAAAUUGAAAAUCUUUCAUCACUUAAAUAAUAAUAAACUUGUAAAACCUAUUGGACUUUUGAAAUAAACAGAAGUGGAUCAAAAAAUUAAGAAUUAAAAAAUAAUUAGAAUAAUUUGGAUUAUUGGUUUACUAAAAAAAUAGAUUUGGAAAUUCUAUUUUCAACAGUAAGAGCAGAUAAAAUCUUAUAAAUUUUUGAAUAGAAUUUAAAUGAAGAAAAUAUUAAAGAAAUCAAAAAAUGUAUAUAUUUAAUGAUCAAUAUUAGUUUAAUAAAUAGUUAAUUCUUUACAUAUAGUAAUUUCUCUUUUAGAAGUAAAGGAUUUAAUUUAAAAAGAAACACUUUAAAGUCUAAAAAUAGAAAAGGAGACAUUGGAGAAAUAAUUAUUAACUUACCAUCCUUUUAAUAUGAAUAUUAUCAGUAAAGAUGAUAGCUAAUCUUCAAAGUAUAGUUACUGUCUAUAAGCAACUGUCAUUCAAAUAUAAUAGGAUAAUAUUCAAUUAUUUUACAUUUACAUUUAUAACUUUUAUGAAGAAUUAUGGUAUAGGAUAUUUGAUAAAGAAAUAAUUGUUGUAAAUGAAGACAUUGUCAUUAAUGAUACUCGAAAAAAUGGAUGUUUGUUAAUUUAUAUACAUCAAUCAUAGAUUUCAAGAUUAAAAGGAUAUUAAUAAACUAUAUCUGAAAUAACUAGAAAGAUCACAAUAAAUCAAGGAGAAAUAUCAUAAGAACUCAUACAAAGAUAUCCUAUUUUAAAUGGAUUAAGUACUAAUCAUAUUGAAAUGAUAUAAAAUAGCAAUAGAGAAAUUAUAAAGAUUCUUAAUGAAUAAUUGAAUAAUGAAUUUAAUUAUUGA